UGGACUCUUCGCGGGUGGACUCUCAGCUCGCGCUGCCCUGAAGCUCGUGUCACCAGUGCCACGGCUAGCAGAAGAAAAGGUGUUCAUACAUUUCUCGUUGAGAAGACGGGCGCAAGAGGGAGCAAGGCUACCGUAGGGUGCGUCAGCGCGCAGUGUCUGCACAGGUCAGGGCCGCGACAGAGAGGCGUCAUGGGCUUCCGGAAAUUCUCCCCCUUCCUGACUUUCAGCAUCUUGGUCCUCUGCCAGGCUGGCAGCCUUCAGGCAGCGCCUUUCAGGCCAGACUUGGAGAGCAGCCCAGACCUGGCCACACUCAGCGAGGAGGAAGUGCGCCUCCUGCUGGCCGCACUGGUGCAGGACUAUGUGCAGAUGAAGGCCAGUGAGCUGGAUCAGGAGCAGGAGCAGGAGCAGGAGCAGGAGACAGAGGGCUCAAGACAGGUCGUCUCUUCUUUCUCCAUCUUGCAAACCAGUGUCAUCCCUCAGAAGAGAGCCUGCAAAACCGCCACCUGUGUAACCCAGCGGCUGGCAGGCUUGCUGAGCAGGUCAGGGGGUGUGGUGAAGGACAACUUCGUGCCCACCAACGUGGGCUCCAAAACCUUUGGCCGGCGCCGCAGGGAUCUUCAGGCCUGAGCAGUUUGCUGGCUUCAGGAAGCAGGUUGCCAGGAAGUUGGACUCACCACUUCUAUUAAUUCCUGUUGACAAGUUGGUGAGAAGGCCCCAAUGGAAGAUACACAUGUUUGCAUCCUAAUAGAUACUGAAAAAAAGCACCUUCGUCACUUGAAAGAAAUGAAACUGAAUGCAAAAUAAGCAAAUUCCAUAUGUAUCAUGCAUCAUUUUUAUUCAACAUCCAGUGAAUGUGACGGCAUCUCCCAUUGGCUUAUCUGGUAGCAACCUCGUUCACUGAGAGACAUCCUGUUGAUCAAGGUGUCUCUGCCAAACCUGAAGCGGACAUGAAAUCACUGCCUCUUGCAGCCUCUGGGAACACAUGGUAUUGUCGUGCCUUGUCUAAGAACAUGAUUGUACAAUUUGUUUAAGGAAAUGUCAUAAUUGUUCCAUUUGUGAACUUCAUCAAGAUUAAAAGCAUAUUU